AUGACGUCCGAGAACAAAUCAUGUCUGACAGUCAAUACAAGUUAUGAGAUACGUCACGGUCUGGUGAACGAUGAUGACGUCAUUUCUACUGUUCCAUCGUCCUCAGAGUCCCUUAUGUCUGAAAUCAAAUACCCAAGCAGUUCAGUCCAUAACCAGUCUAGUCCAACAUUCGACCAGUCCAACAUUCGACCAGUCCAACAUUCGACCAGUCCAACAUUCGACCAGUCCAACAUUCGACCAGUCCAACAUUCGACCAGUCCAACAUUCGACCAGUCCAACAUUCGACCAGUCCAACAUUCGACCAGUCCAACAUUCGACCAGUCCAACAUUCGACCAGUCCAACAUUCGACCAGUCCAACAUUCGACCAGUCCAACAUUCGACCAGUCCAACAUUCGACCAGUCCAACAUUCGACCAGUCCAACAUUCGACCAGUCCAACAUUCGACCAGUCCAACAUUCGACCAGUCCAACAUUCGACCAGUCCAACAUUCGACCAGUCCAACAUUCGACCAGUCCAACAUUCGACCAGUCCAACAUUCGACCAGUCCAACAUUCGACCAGUCCAACAUUCGACCAGUCCAACAUUCGACCAGUCCAACAUUCGACCAGUCCAACAUUCGACCAGUCCAACAUUCGACCAGUCCAACAUUCGACCAGUCCAACAUUCGACCAGUCCAACAUUCGACCAGUCCAACAUUCGACCAGUCCAACAUUCGACCAGUCCAACAUUCGACCAGUCCAACAUUCGACCAGUCCAACAUUCGACCAGUCCAACAUUCGACCAGUCCAACAUUCGACCAGUCCAACAUUCGACCAGUCCAACAUAAGACCAAUAUCCGUCCAACAUCCGUCCAGGCCAAAGUUGGUAUCGAGUACUUAUGUGUUCUAUAG